AUGCUGUCUCACGCCGACCUCCUGGACGCCAGGCUAGGUAUGAAAGAUGCCGCCGAGCUUCUGGGCCACCGGGAGGCGGUGAAGUGUAGGCUGGGCGUGGGGGGCUCCGACCCCGGGGGCCAUCCGGGGGACCUAGCGCCCAACUCCGACCCAGUCGAGGGAGCCACUCUGCUGCCCGGGGAGGACAUCACCACAGUGGGCUCUACGCCGGCCUCGCUGGCGGUAAGUGCAAAGGACCCGGACAAACAGCCGGGGCCCCAAGGCGGCCCGAACCCCAGCCAAGCCGGCCAGCAGCAGGGCCAACAGAAGCAGAAGCGCCACCGGACGCGCUUCACUCCUGCGCAGCUCAACGAAUUGGAGAGGAGCUUCGCCAAGACUCACUACCCUGACAUCUUCAUGCGCGAGGAGCUAGCGCUGCGUAUCGGGCUGACCGAGUCCCGAGUGCAGGUCUGGUUCCAGAACCGGCGCGCCAAGUGGAAGAAGCGCAAGAAGACGACCAACGUGUUCCGCGCGCCGGGCACGCUGCUGCCCACGCCAGGCCUGCCUCAGUUCCCGUCGGCCGCCGCCGCCGCCGCCGCCGCCAUGGGCGACAGCCUGUGCUCUUUCCACGCCAACGACACCCGCUGGGCGGCGGCCGCCAUGCCGGGCGUGUCCCAGCUGCCGCUGCCGCCGGCGCUGGGCCGGCAGCAAGCCAUGGCGCAGUCGCUGUCCCAGUGCAGCCUGGCGGCCGGGCCGCCGCCCAACUCCAUGGGCCUGUCCAACAGCCUGGCGGGCUCCAACGGCGCGGGGCUGCAGUCGCACCUCUACCAGCCCGCCUUCCCCGGCAUGGUGCCCGCCUCCCUCCCCGGCCCCAGCAACGUCUCCGGCUCGCCCCAGCUCUGCAGCUCCCCGGACAGCAGCGACGUGUGGCGGGGCACGAGCAUCGCCUCCCUCCGCCGCAAGGCGCUAGAGCACACAGUCUCCAUGAGCUUCACUUAA